CCAUAAAUUUGGUACAAUCAUCGCUAAAUUGACUAAAUACAAAAUAAUCGAUACCAAUCGAUACGAAAUACACAUGAGAGAGAUCCUUCCAUAAACCGCAAGCCGAAACCAAAAUAUCUCGAUCUUCUGGUUUCUGAUACAAUUUAAUAUUUGUACACAUUGUAUAAAAAACCAAAUAAUAAUAAUACAUUUGAAAGUGUGCGCAAGUGAAGAUAACAAUUAGAAAACAAUGUUACGCGAUGUGAUAAUACGUCUGAUAUUUAGUGCCCUCGGUAUUGUUAUUAGUAUAUCCGCGUUUUUCACCUUGUUCAUUUUUUAUAGAAACGAUGAUGUUGGAUUUAUUUCGGCAGUGUCAGGAGCUUUAGCUGGAGUCUGUUUUCACUUGCAUUGGGUGCGAGGCAAGGAAACCUUGGAGAGAUGGCACACCAAAAGAACAUUGGAUAAAUUGCAUAUUGUAGGCUUUUUAAGUGCCUUAUGUGGCACCGCAGCGCUGAUAGGAUAUACAUUUUUGACAUUUUAUUAUAAAAUACCAAUUCAACCGAUUUCCGAAAGUACAACCAUAUCGGCAGUGUGGUCUCUAAUAUGUGCAAAAUGGGGAAUUACAUUGAUGUAUUAUACAAAUAAGUAUGCAUUAUUGGUUGAGGAUGAAACAGGUUCCAUACUCACAGACACUUCGUGAAGUAAUGAUAGUAACAAUAUCAUGAAAAACUUGUUUUUUUCUUACAAUAUAUUUCUUUUGAAAAUAAGUCACAUAAUCAUAAAUAUCGAGUGAUACCAUAAACCUUAUUCUCUUUUAAGAUCUUUAUUUGCUUUAAAUAAUCUUAUUGUAACCCAAUUUUUUAUACAAACAUGA